UGUAGAGCAGCCUCAUUGAUGGACACACUGAUGGACACACUGCGGUUCUUUAUUGCAUCAUUAUUGUACAUUUUGUUAUUUUUUCAUACAGUGUUACAGUGUCCACAAUGAAACGACGUGUCUUGUGCAGAUGCUUUUACAUUGAAAAGGUGAUGGAAACAGGCGCGGAUGACUUUGAGGAUAGAAAAGCUGUUUUUUUGUGGACAUCUCUGCUUUUUUUUAUUGCUCUUAAUGUAAAUGUUUUGUGUCUGUACAGUAUUGUUCCUUUGCUUCAGAUCACUUUGUUGCUUGUAGAAAAAUGGUUUAGUUUCUAGUUCCUCACGCGUUAGAUUAUGUAUGUUUAUCUGAAUUAAAAUGGUAAAAUUGACGCACUUGCUGGUUAUUACUCAAAUUUUUCUCCUAAAUUACCUAAUUUGAACCAGAAUGUGCUUUAAAUCAGCUCCCUUUAGAGGGAGCAUAACACUGUUUAGUUUGAGACAACACACACAGUUAAAAUUGUUUAAAAUCUUAUUAUUUAUUUGGUGACAAACAACUUCCUCCUAUUAUACGACACUUUUAGUAUCACAUGGCGAUUGACUGACAAUAAUUGGUCCCCUCCUUUUAUUGGAGGGGUGGAAAGAGAAAGGACAAAGCAGCACUGUGGAUCUGGUAUCUGUGUUUCCACAGCAACACAUAUUAAAUUACGUCAAGGCUUACAGGUGGUGGACUUUAAACAGCGGUGGAGAGACAGGUGACGUGGGCGACCGAACUCUCUCCUUCCUGGAAAGAAACAAAGCAACUGCAGACAUGGCUAAAUUCUUCACACCAGUUCAAAUCAGUGAGUUCAAGGAGUGCUUCUCCUUGUAUGACAAGAAGCACAAGGGCAAGAUUGACGCCAAAGACCUGAUCACAGUUAUGCGCUGCCUGGGUACAAGCCCCACGUUCGGCGAGACUGAACGACAUCUGCAAGUUCACAAAAUCGAAAAGACAGGUGAGCUGGACUUCUCCACAUUCCUGAUGAUGAUGCACAGACAGAUGCAGCAGGAAGACCCCAAGACAGAAAUCCUGGAGGCCUUGAGGAUGACGGACAAACAGAAGAAAGGCUACAUCCAGGCCUCUGAGCUCCGGACCAAGCUCACCAUGUUGGGAGAGAAACUGACCAACAAAGAAGUGGAUGAGCUCUUCACGGAGGCAAACGUCAAGUCAAACGGCACCGUCAACUAUGAGGAGUUCACUCAGAUGGUGACGCUGCCGCCCAUCGAUUACUGAUUUUUCAUGGAAGAAGCUUCAAAACACCAGCCGUGAUGAGGAGUUGAACACAUGAAUGUGACUGAAGACACUGUGAAGCACUGAUGUUGUACUGUUUGUAACUGACACUAUAUGACAUGGUUUGGCAUGUUAGUCUUUUAACGGGAUCAGACUUUAAAACCAUUAAAUGCUCAGUCCACCCUUUGUCGACCUUCCACCCAAACACAUUAGUUUGACUUGACAUAAGAGACGUGUAAGAGACUUUUUACGCAAGCUUUAUUUUGUAGUAUAAAGCACAGUAUAUAAAUAACCAUACAUAGUAACACAUCAAUGAUUAAUAAAUGAAUAACAUUUUCUCCACAAAAUAAACUUGUUGUGUUGCAUAUUAACAGCUGAUUCAAGUUUACAGUGGGGUUUGUUAAGAAUGAAGACUGUAUAAUGCUGUACAUGGAGACUGCGGGCAGGUAAGCAUCAUAUUAGCCACUUGGCUAGAGUCCUGAUGUUGUGCUUGAAUCAAUACAAAUACAA